AUGCCGAAGAACAAGGGAAAGGGAGGAAAGAACGAGAAUGACUUGAUGAAGCGUGAGCUCGACCUAAAAGAGGAAGGACAAGAGUACAGACAAAUGUCCAAAAUGCUCGGAAACGGUCAUGUCCAAGUGUUCUGUUUCGACGGUAAGUGUCACAUUCGUGGGAAGCUCCGGAAGAAGGUCUGGAUCAACGUGGGAGAUAUUAUAUUGGUCGGCCUUCGUGAUUAUCAAGACGACAAGGGAGACGUUAUUCUGAAGUACACUCCAGAUGAGGCACGUCGUCUGAAAAACGAGGGAUUGAUUCCAGAGAGUGCUAAGGUGAAUGCGAAUGAUGAGCAGGAUGAAGGAGAGGUUGAGUUCUGUAAUGGAUCGUGGGAUGAGGCCGCUUCUGCCAAAUCGUCAUCAGACAGCGAUUCGGAUAAGGAAGGAGAGUCGGAAGAGGAGACAGAAGAGGAAUCUGAUGAUGAGGAUUCUGACGAUUCUGAGAAUGUUCGGGAAGAGAAUCUAGCUGAGAACUCGUCGUGGAGGAAACCGAGGUGGAAAGAACAAGUACGGAAAAAGACGCUAGAUAAUUUUUGUUGA